GCGUAUUCAACAAAACCCAUUUUCAAUUCGGCAUUUUCAGUGUUUUCCCUGGUGUUUUGGUCAAUAAUUUUCAUUGCCUUCGGCAUUGUUCAACGGGACUAAAGAAGACAAUCGAAAAUGGAAACUAUCUUUGAAAUACAGCGCCGCUUGCAUGAAGAGUGUGACCGCUUGGUAAUGGCCAUGUCGGAGGAGUUGAUGAUACCCAAGAAGACGACGAAGGAGAAAGUGCUUGCAGAUCAUCGAAUCAAAAUCUAUCUGGAAAGGUACCAAACGUGUUCAAAGUCUCUGCUGGAACUGUACCAAGACAAGGAUGGUGAACGGAAGCAGGAAAUCACAAACAUGAGCGUGAACGAGUUUAAAGAGUUUUACAGCCAAUUCAAUGGGCUGAUUGAGUUCCAUUCCAACCAUGGCAACAAUGUGGCAGUACCGGCAUCGAUCGAGUUUGACAAGCUGAAAGAGCAACUGAACGAUCCGGCGUACUUGGCCGAGGUGGUGAAAUUCAGUGACGUUGAAAACUACGGCCAAUAUCUCGAUCUGCACGAAUGCUACGAUAACUUCGUGAAUCUGAAGAGCAUUAACAAAAUCGACUACAUUACGUACCUAUCGGAGUUCAACAAGUUUGCCGACAUUUCACGCAAACUGAAGAACCUGAAGUACAAAGGUUACCUGCAGCUGCUCCACGAUUAUCUGUACUCUUUCAUCACCCGAAGCAGACCGCUGUUCUUCGAGCUGGAGCAUACGGUGAAGCGAAACGAGCUUCAGUUUGAAGAUAUGUGGAAAAAUGGCAUCGUGUCCGGGUGGGAAAAGGUGCGCGACGUAGACGAUGAUGCGCUGAUCAAUUUGCACGAAUUUUCCAAAUGGGAAGAUCUAACAUACCUCGGAUUAGAUCGACUCAAGGCCGCUCUGCAGGCACUCGGCAUGAAGUGUGGCGGCACCCUAGACGAGCGAGCGAAACGGUUGUUCUCCUCGAAAGAUGACAAAAAUCAAGAAAACGAAACCAAGCGAUUGAUGAACCUAAACAAGGAGAAGGACAUCGCGCUGCUGGAGUUUAAGAUUGCGAAGCUGGCGGAACUAGUCGAUGAUCAGAUUUACGAGACGAAAAUCAAUUUGCAGCGCAAGCAGGCCCGCUACACGCUCGACGAGAGCGACGAAGAUAGUAUGGACGAGGUGGAAUCGGACGAUGACGACGGCAUACCGUACAAUCCAAAGAAUCUACCGCUCGGCUACGACGGUAAACCGAUUCCGUACUGGUUGUACAAGUUGCACCAGCUGCACUUUACGUACGAGUGUGAAAUCUGUGGCAACUACAAGUACAACGGUCCGAAAGCGUUCCAGAACCACUUUUCCGAGUGGCGGCACGCUCACGGAAUGCGCUGUCUGGGCAUCCCGAACACGGCUCACUUCGCCAACAUUACAAAGAUCGAAGACGCACUGGUUCUGUGGGACAAGGUGAAGGAGCAAACGUUUUCCAAGAUGUGGGUGCCGGCGAACGAGGAAGAGUUCGAAGAUUCGCGCGGCAACAUUCUCAGCAAGAAAGUGUACCUUGAUCUGCAAAAGCAGGGACUGCUGUAGAAGCGGAUACACAAUCGGAACGGUUGGGAACGAUGUGCUUGAACAAAACAGCAACACUUAUCUCUCCCGCCUCAUUUGGCGCCACCGGUGGGAAUGAUCCAAUCGUGUAAUCCAAGCACGGUGUUUACGUUUCGAGUGCCGCAAGGUUUCGUAACUUGCAUCCAAAGGUGGUCUCUAUCGUGUUUGCAAACAUGAAAGCGUCGGCAUUUGCAUACACCCGCAAAAGGAUAACUCUGAAAAAGUGCAAGAGUAACGUUCACGAAACACAGUUCUAAAUUUAACCGUUUGCAGCACGAGGAAGAAGAACCUUUUCUUUGCCCGUUUAUUCCGAUCAUCAACAUGCCGCCGGUAUUAUGAAGAUUUGUGUCACCUUCUUUGCUUAAGAUAGAAUAAAAUAUGAUCUGCUACUGA